GGAAGUAAGACUUGGCGGAAGUGUUAGCUUGGAAAAUGCCUAGACCAAGGAUAAGUGAAUCUGAGAAGAAAUGGAGAAAAAAGCUAAGAGAUCAGGCUAGACUUGGAAGAAGCGUUUAUUUAGGUGAUCAGAUCAAAAGAUGGUUUAAACUGAAGGAGUUUUAUGGGGUCUCACAUUCGGCAUUAGCUCGAAUCUUGAUGGAUAGUUAUGAAAGGUGGGGGGAAAAAGUAGAACCAGAAUCAUCUCAAGAGCCAGACCUAAAACCAAUAGCUGGAUGGAACAUUCCAAUGGAAAAGGAGCAUGAUUUAACAAAGGACCCAUUGCCAAAAAGCUCGUUGAAGCAAAAUAAACAGAGAGAUCUACCUGUCCAAUCUUUAGCAGGACCUUAUGACAGGAAGCAGAGUAAAGAACUACAGAAUUUGGGGAAACUUGCUGUCAAGUUUAGUGACAUUUCAUCAAAAUUAACAACAUUGAGAAAAGACACAAAAUCUGCAGAUAUUAUUUUCGUCAUUAAAGAUGGCACUGAAGUUUCUGCUCACAAAACAAUAGUUUCUCGCUUUAGUAAAGCACUGAGGCAAAAGAAAGCCAUGAAGUAUGUAGGUCCUUUGCUCAGUGAUGCAACACAAUGUGGUCUUGAUGGUUUCCUUGAUUUAGUAUAUGGCCUUGAAGUGUCAUUGACAACUGAAAACUUUAAUGAUAUAUUGCAUGUUGCUGAAGUUCUCAA